CCAAUUCCAACACCUCUUAACGACGACCGCACAUCCUGACAGUGUGGAGAGGCGACGGGAGGAUGCUCUCUCCACGGCUUACAAGAUGGACUUCGCGGGCUCUUUUGACCCGAGCUAGGGUACCGCUCGCUCGUCCUGCCAUCUCCCAAGUCCAGGUGCGCCAUCGGCUGUGCUCGUCUUGCGCCAGCGCGAACCCCGUCCCCACGAAGCCAGCAGCGCCCGACCAUCGCGAUCUCGGAACACAACAGGAGCUGUUCAUGACCUCGAUCUACAGCCCUGGAUCGCCCAUCUUCCUGCCCAAUGGCGCCCGCAUCUUCAACCGUCUUGUCGAAUACCUCCGCAAGCAAUACGUUCACUAUGGCUUUCAGGAAGUCAUUACCCCGACCAUCUACAAGAAGGCGCUCUGGGCCAAGUCGGGCCAUCUCGAGAACUACGCCGACGACAUGUUUACCGUCACGAGCACAUCCCCCUCGCGCGCCGAUGUUACCGAGGCCGGCGAAGCCGACGAGUACGGACUCAAACCCAUGAACUGCCCUGGCCAUUGUCUGAUAUUCGCGGCGCAAAAACGGAGCUAUCGCGACCUCCCCAUUCGCUACGCCGACUUUAGCCCCCUCCACCGUAACGAAAUUUCGGGCGCAUUGAGUGGCCUUACCCGUGUUCGCAGAUUUCACCAAGACGACGGCCAUAUUUUCUGUCGACCGAAUCAGAUCGAGGACGAAAUCAGCAAGACCCUCGAAUUCAUUCGACGCGUAUACAAGGACUUCCGCCUGGGAUCGUAUCGUUUGAAGCUUUCCACGAGACCCGAAAACCAUAUCGGUAGUCUGGAGGAUUGGGAGCAUGCAGAAGGAUCCUUGAAACGAGCGCUGGACAAUUCGGGAGAGCCAUGGACCUUGAACGAGGGAGAUGGUGCCUUUUACGGGCCCAAGAUCGAUGUAAUCCUCAAGGACUCGGACGGAAAGGAACAUCAGACGGCCACCAUCCAGCUCGACUUCCAGCUGCCCAAGCGGUUCGAGCUCGAGUAUCAGGCGCCAGCUCCCGAACUGGAGGCCAAGGGUGAGACAACUACGGACCCCGAGCUCCUUGCUGUCUCCGGACCCGUGAGACCUGUUAUGAUCCACCGGGCUGUCCUAGGCUCGGCGGAGCGCAUGUUCGCUUUGCUGAUUGAGCACUAUAAUGGCAAAUGGCCAUUUUGGCUGAACCCCAGACAGGGCAUUGUCCUCACAGUAAACGACAGUGAGCCGGUGUUACAAUUCGCGCGCAAUACGCAGAAGGUGCUGCUGGGUACAGACUCUGCAGAUGUUCACGUAUCCCCGUCGGGCCUUGCUGUCGACCUCGAUGACAGUGCGCGCAGUCUGUCGCUCAAGAUUCGCGAGGCCAAGACCAAGGGUUAUGGUAUGAUCAUCGUGGUUGGCCCCAAGGAUAUUGCCAAUGGCACUGUCACGGUUGAUGCUACCGGCGGUCUUCAGACAGGCGACAAGCCGGCGCAGAAGAACCUCGUCAUGACGCCUGAGGAGCUGCUGCAAUUCAUGAAGACCAAGGUAGAUGCAUACGAAUGAACGAUUGCCUGCCGUUCUGCGUAAGCUACCACUUUGUCUCCGCGUCGUACGAGGUCUCCUACUUUGUCUCUCGGUAUUCUCAGUCGUGCAAUCCGUCCAAUAUCUCAAAAAUUGUGACUUGCUUGUUUUGCUUUGUAGUGCCGGUCAGACAAGGCUGAUCACAGCACGUUGAGCAAGUGCCGGCGAUGACGCAGUGCCGCCGCUAGUGUAUGUACAUGGGAAAGUGAAGUGGGGCUACCAUUUCUUCCUCCAGUUGGCUUUUGUUAUCUCCCCUGUCGUGCACCACUUCCAGAGCUUCCUGCGGUUCCUUGACACAAGACGAUCGCCGGGCACCUUCCAGUCCCCCCAGCACUUGAAGCAGCGCUAGGGAACAGCGGCCCUGAGCCCCUC